AUGUAUUCAGACGAUGUUAAUCUAAUCGUAUUUGAUCCACCUUUAUGGAGACAAAGACGUGCUACUGUUAAUGAUGAGCUGUUAAAAAAUAACAUCACUUCGGUUUUUGAUUUUGGUUGUGGGGAAGGCUCACUUCUUUCUUUUCUCGUACAACCUGACGAUGAAACACCUAUAACACGUCUCGCAGGCCUUGAUAUUGAUGAAAAUAUUCUUGACGCAGCAAUAGAAAAUUGUUUACCUUGGGAGCAAGAUAUUGAAUUUUUAAGAAUAACUCCAUUAACAAUAGAUUUGUACCGAGGAAGUAUUGAUGUUGCAGAUGAACGAUUAAUUGGAUUUGAAGCUUUGCUUAUUUAUGAAUUGUUUUUUACAAGAAUAGAGCAUGUUGACCCGCCAGUGUUAGAUAAAUUCUUUGAUGUGGUAUUUGGAACUUACAAACCAAAGCUAGUGAUAGUGACUACACCAAAUGUAGAAUUUAAUAUAUAUUUCCCUCAAUUAAAAUAUGGCACUUCAGAGGCAACUUUGAGAAUUGAAGAUCAUCGAUUUGAAUGGACAAGACAAGAAUUUCAAGAUUGGUGUAAUUCUGGUGCUUCCAAAUACAAUUAUUCAGUGGAAUUUACAGGAGUUGGUAGAUUGAAAACCAGUGAUCCAGCAGUAGGAUUUGCCACACAGAUUGCUAUAUUUAAAGAUUUACUAACAGGCUCAAAACCUAUGUUGUCUACCUUUGAUAGAAAAUACGAACAUGUUAAACACAUAGAAUUUCCUUUUUAUGAAGAGCCUGAAAAAAGUGUUCCGGAAAUACUUGAAGUGAUUCAUUAUUACAUGAAAUAUUUGUAUGAAAAUCAAGUUAAUCUAAGUGAGUUAUGGAAUAUUCACCGAAUAAGGCAACUCUGUAAAAGUAAAGAUAAAUUAAGAGAUAUAAUUUCAACUUGUGAUGAUUUUACAUUAUUGGAUAAAAACAGAAUCUUGGUUCAUAGAAAAUAUGAAAUAGAAGUAUUUAAUAAUGACGGUUACAACAAAUUUGAAGAGCAACAACAAUGGAGCUCGCCACUGCCGACUAUUUGGAAUGAUUGUGAUGAUUAUUGGAAAAAUGAUGAUGAUGAAAAUGACGAAAACAACAAUAGUCAAAGAGAUCAAAAUGAAAUAAAUUGGGUUUUAUAG